ACGGAGCUAUGUACAACGAGUAUAUCGAAGUGCUUUCCAGACUCGCACCGAAAUCGUUUCUGGUAGCUACAGCCCCGCUGUAUCACCCUACACACCCUGAUGCCAAACCAUUCCUCGAUUUUGUGGAUACACUACCUCCUGGCCGGGUGGACUCUUCGACAGGACUGAAACGAGAAAGCUUCAUGCGUGCCGGCUUUGACGCUCUUCGUCUCUUGGCGGACCAAGACAAGCGACGGGAUGUCUUAUACCUGGCACGUUUCUUGCAACAGCAGUUACCCGAAAAAGCGGACUCAGAAAAUACAUCCAAAUCAAAUCACCGCGCUUACACAGAGAGGGAAGAUUUACUAUCACAACUUGACUUGGCAUUGGCUUGAUAUGCGUAACCAUUGCUAUUGACGGCGAAGCGGCAUAUUCUGUAAAGCGGUGGCCGUCUGGCCCCAGGCUUAGGGUGAUAUUUUUCGUUUAUGUGCCUUUCAUCUUGGGUUUAAGAUCUCUACGGGGUAUGCAGGCAACCUAGGUAGUAGGCAAAUGAUUCGUCAAUCUGGAUCUGCAGGUGACAAUCGGGUUUACCAUUAUCCAGAUGGAUGGCGUACCCGAAACACGCUAUGAGGAGAACUCCGCAUUAUUUUGCUCCACUCAGUCACGCUAAUGGGUCUCCUUCUCCUCUUCUUGGCACGCUUACAUAUCAAGACGGGCAACACAAUCAGUGCAGGGAAGGCUUAUGUGCGCCUCGAGCUGAUCCUCGGGGUAAUUUAAUAUGCCAUUUUCUAAUUGGUGUUUUGCUGACGGACCAGCCCAAGAUUGAGUUCCGUGUGGAACGGGUUAGCGCGCUGGCAUGAGAUGGUCUUAGUAAAUGUCACCGCGCAACCUCACCUCUCAACCUCACCUCUCAACCUCCUGUGACCUUCUAUCCUCCCUCCCAUCACUCUACAAGUGGUUCUCACCCCAGUAGACCGCCACUUAGCGAUUUUCAAGGUCGCUUGCUCCUUGCGAUCACACUCCAAUUAGAUUUGGCUCACCUGAACACUGCUGAAAGUAUCUUUCAUCCGCGCCUGUCCACACCAUUUCUCAUUAUGGCUCCUGAGCCAGAUAGCAGCGUCAACCUACCACCAGCCCCAGAAGCGGGUAUUGCAUCUGGCGCUGGCACAGACAACAACACGACCGAUGUUGCUUCCAAGCAAACCAAUGGUGAUAGCACUCCGGCCAAACCUGUGGAUGCAGACGACCAAUCGAAGGAGAAGAAGUCUCCCGAAGCGACCGAGUCUUCCAAGGAACACAAACCCUCUGAAGAAGCCAAGUCUAGUGAGCAUGCUUCUAUCCUAUCAGAUGCUGGACCCAAGGAGUCAACUGCGGAGAGUAGUAUCGCGCAACCUAGUGCAGGCGAUAAACGAGAGCAUAAACCGGCCUCUACGCCCGCCAGCACAGCUAAUUCUAAUGCUGAGAACCCGACGGAGCCCGCAAACAAAAAGCAGAGGACUGCUGGAACGCGGACUCGGAAUGGCAAUACUACAGCACCUGCUACGAAUGGGGAAAAAGCAAAGGCAAGUCGUUCUAAAAAAGCGAAGGAUCAGGUGAAGAAGGUAAUUCCUACGGAUGGUAUUGGUAGUCGAACACGCAGCCGGACUAAGGCAUCCUCCUAA